CACCAUACCUUCAUUACAUAGGUUCAGCCUCCUUAAUGGGCCAUCAACCCGCAUAGCAAGGAUGGGCGACUCUCCAAGGUCCUUGCAUCCUUGCCCUUCGGCCCAUCGUUGGCCGCUCUCGCUGGCCGCGCCCCGCUCGCAACGUGUCGACGUGGCCUUCCGAGGCCCUCGCAUCCUCAUCGUGCGUCCUUGUCGUACAGGUUGGCUGGACUCGGAUCCCCUUUGGGAGGCCUCUCAUAGGACAUAUGGCAUGAUGGGGCAGCGCAGGGUGACCCUCCUGCUGGUCUGCACUGCCGCCGUGCUCACGGACGGCCUGGCCGUGGACGGCACGGCCGCCUCCCCAGAGGAGCGGCUGCAGCUCGAGGCCGCCGCCGCCGCCGACGCCUCGACGGCCGCCCACGGGCUGGACCACGGUGUCGGCCAGGUGAGCGACGCCAAGAAACAGGUGGGCGCGUUGAAGCCAGAGCUGCCCAUCAUCACCUCGGCGCCAGGAGACACCCAGCGCGUCGGCAGGCCGCUGCCUGCGAGCGCCCAGGUGCCAGUGCGGAGGGCCGCCGGCAUGGUCCAGAUCUUCGUCCUGUGCGUGUGCAUGUACGGCGGCAUCUCCCUGAUGUGGGCUCUCUUCUGGCGCCUACCCGAGGAGCAUGCCUUCAAAGCCCACGGGAGGGUGUUCCUCCUGUGCAUGACCUGGGCGUCCAUGUCGGUCGGCAUGCAGGUGCUGAACAAGACGCUCGUCAGCAAGCUGCAGGCUCCGGCGCUCAUAUCGGUUGGGCAGAUGUGGAUCGCAGUGGUGCUGGUGGGCAUCCCGUCUUAUAAGGAGGUUCUGGACGCCCCCAAGGGACAGUUGCUGAUCUGGCUCAUCGUGCCCAUGUUCUUCGCAGCGAUGCUUUGCACGUCAUGCUACACGUACCAGUACAUGUCCCUGUCCUUCUACACAGUCAUCCGCAACAUGACGCCGCUGAUCGUUCUGCCAGUGGAGCGCACAUUGAUGCCUGCGGACAAGCGUCCGAGGCUGUCUUACAUGGUGCUCAUCUCGAUGUCGCUCAUGUUAUGCGGAACUCUGAUGUACGGCGAAGGGAUCGGGCACGUCUCCGUCAUCGGCUGCGUCUUCGCUUUCACCAACAUGCUACUCGCGGUCUCGGACAGACUCAUCCAGCGGCGCCUCCUGACGACCGAGUGCACUGGGCUGGCCUCCUCGGUCUGCACAGUCACGAAUAACGCGCUCGGCUCCGUACCCGCGCUGCUGCUCGCGGGCGCCACGCACCAGAUCUCCGACAUGGCCUCGCCAGAGAAGCGCGCCUCCUGGACGGACCUCCGUGUCCUCACGCUGCUGGCCCUGUCCGGCGCCAUAGGCAUCGGGAUCUGCUACCUGGGCUUCGAGUGUCAGCGCGCGAUCACGGCGACCUCGUUCUUCGUGCUGCAGAACUUCUCCAAGGUCGUCGUGGUCGUCUGCGGCAUCACCUUCUUCGGGGACCCGAUCAGCUCGCCCCUGGCAGUCGCUGGGCUGGUGCUGAGCAUCGGGGGGAGCUUCUGCUACGGCAAGGCGCAGAUGUCCCUGCAGGAACAGGCCGCGAAGCAGAAGACGCUGGGGACCAAGGCCUCGGGGGGCUCUGGCCCGCACGCCGAGUACCAGUCCCUGGAGCGCAGCAGGAGGCUCCUGGGGUCACUGAACGCCGCCGCGGAGCGGGCCAGGGAGCCCCGCGAGCGCGCCGCGGCGGCGGCCUUCGUGGCGGAGGCCGGCCGCAUGGCGGAGGAGGUGGCCGCCGAGAUGAAGAAGGUGGACGACGCCGAGCUCCCCUUCCUGAAGGGCAUCGAGGGGCUGCCGCUCGCCGAGCUGCAGGAGUCCAUCACCUUGUGCGACACCGUCGGGGAGUCGGCGAAGGUUGCGAUCGCCCAGGCGCAGGAGUGUUUCCGCACCAGGCUCGCCGAGCUCGGCGGCUUCAAGGCCGAUGCCGCCAGGGCCGCGAAGGAGGAGCUGACCAAGCUUGCCGAGCGCGUCACCGAGGCGGCGGAGCUUCUGACCCAGUUCUGGUCCGAGCUGGAGGGGCGGAGGAGGUCGGCUCGCGUGCAGGAGGUGGAGGAAGAAACCGCGGGAUUGGAAGCAGAUGUCAACAAGGUCGCAGAGGCCGCGCGGCCGUUCCUCACCGGCGAGGCGGAAACCUUGGCCGAGGACGCCAUCGCAGACGGGGUUCGCACGCUCGGCGAGCUCGAGCGCGACGCCCAGACGCGCCUCAGUGCGGCUUGGCUGCUCGCCAACCGGGCCACGCAAGACGCAAGAGCUUUCCCAGAGAUGUCCGAGGCUCUCGUGCCUGUGCACACUAAGCUGUCGGCGUUGGGGGCGGAACUUGCCAAGGCGAGGGUUGCGGCCAGUUCCUUCGACAGCAUCGUGGCGGCCAAGUUUGUCAACCAGCAGGUUUCCAAAGUGCUCGAGGAGAUGGAGGCCGAGCUCGAGACGGCUCGCGCUGCGUGCGCGCCGCUGCUCGAGAAGGGGGGAGACGAGUUCCUCGUCGCCGCCAGCGUCGCGAGGCUGGGCGCGGGGCUGCAGGAGCACAUGGACGAGAAGGGGCUGUCCAAGGAGGCGCUGCUCGAGCAGCUCUCGAGCGAGACGCUCUUCGCCGACUUCCUGCGGGCGCUCCCCGGCGCGUCCGGGCGGGAGGACCUCUCCUUCCCCGAGCUGCGCCGCGCCGCGAUGUUCCGGCGGCUGGACGCGGACGGCGACGGCAAGCUGAGCGCGCAGGACCUCGUGGCGUUGUUCCGGCAGGACUACGCCUGCCUGCGGGAGGUGCCGGUCACCGAUUCCUUCGAGGUGAAGAAGGCCACCACCGUGGCGAAGCUGAGGCCUGGCGACGUCGUGGAGGGCGUGGGCAGCCCGCGCCUCGAGGCGUCGGGCGCCCUGCGCGUCGAGUGCCGCCUGCCCGCGGGGGCGGGCAAUGGCUUCGUGACAGUCUCGGAGGGCCCCGGCGCCUUCCUGAAGCACCACACGCCGUUCGACGCCUUCUGCGCCUCCGCGGAGGCGGCCGUGGACGCAGCGACCAAGUCGAUGGGGACCCUCGGGUUCCAGAUCAACGCGCGUCUCGGCGAGCUCCCCAGGGCCGCCCCGCCGGGAGCCAAGGGCGCAGAGAGGCGCGACGCGCGCCUGGCAGAGCUGCGCGCCAGCUGCACCGCGCAGGCGCAACGGGCCGGCGCGGCGCAGGCGGGCGUGCUCGCGCUGCGGAAGGCCUUGGCAGCGGAGAGGGCCAGCUUCGCGAGGAAGCAGGCUGCGGAGGACGCGGUGCACGACCUCGCCAGAGAGCGACGAGAGGCGGCCGCCGUGUUGGGACCCGCCGCCGAGCGCGCGCGAGCGGUGCAGGCGGCCCUGAGGGCGCUGAGGGACGCGGCAGAGCCGCUCGGCAAGGCGGAAGGGGAGGCGCUGGAGGCGUCCACAGCUCCAGCGGAGGUGCUGCAGGAGGCCACGCGGCUCGUCACCGCCCUGGCCGCCGCCGUGGCCGCCGCCAGGAGGGCGCUGGCGGAGGAGGUGGGGCGCCUUGCUGGCGCCACGAGCGGCCCGAGGCUGGAGGCCAGGGAGACCUUGGCCACCUACCUGGGCGACGCCGACGCGGCAGACAGGGCGGGGCAGCAGGUGUUCGCCAUGGUGCGCUCGAAGUGCGCCAUCCUCGUGGACGCGUGCUGGUCUGCAGGCGGCGCUGCUCUGCGGGCCCUGCGGGACCCCGAGCAGCUCUUCGAGGAGCUGGCCUCGAGCGACGGCCGCAUCCCAGAGGAGGCCUUCUGCAAGCAGCUCGGGUCCUUGGAGGACGCCCCUGUGCGGCCAGAGCACGCGAGGCUCCUGUGCUCGUGGCUGGGGCAGGGCGGGGUCAGCAGGUUUGCGUUCCUGAAGUUCGCGCAGCGCUUCUACCGGGUCAGGAAGGACAGCGUCCUCUCCGAGGAGCUCCACAUCGGCUCCUCCCGAAUGGUGCGCAGGCUCGAGGUGGACGAGCUGCUCCUGCAGCUGGGUGCCUCCGCCACCGAUGAGAAGGCCGGCGUGGAGCGAAUCCACGCGCGUGCACUGCGCGACGGUGCGAUGGGUUGGGUGACGCUGACGGGCAACAAGGGUUCGCCCUACCUUGAGGAGGCGGAGAAGCCGGCGUACCUCUGCACGGCAGACAUGCUUUUGGACGCGGAUGGCGGCGACGCUGGCCCAAAGGUCACGCGCACUCUCAGGGCUGGCGAGGUUGUCGAGCUGCUGGACGGCCCGCGCGAGCCCGGGCUGCGUUGCCGUGGCCGCCCGCUCGGCGGGGGCGCCGUUGGCUGGUUCACGCUCGGCGCGGCCACCGCGCCGUGGAAGCCCGUCUACAGGUGCCUGAGGGCCACUCCCCUGCUCAAGCAGGCUGCUGCAGAAGAGGCGGAGCCCAUCCGCAGCCUCGCCGAGGGCGAGACCCUGGAGCUCCUGGACGGGCCCCGGGCCUGCGAAGGAGGCGCCGUGCGCAUGCUGGGUCGCGCGCUGCGGGACGGAGCCGUCGGCUGGGCUGCCGUCAGGGAAGCCGGGGGUCUCAAGGCCCUGGCGUCGCUGGCGGAGAGAUCGGCUGCCAGCAGCUGCAUGGCGUCCUCCAAGGCGGCCAGCCUGGCGUCGCUGGAGGUCCCCCUGGCGGCCUUCAGCAAGGCCCCUGCCGAGGGGCCUCCAGCGGCCUUCAGCAAGGCCACGGCCGAGGGGCCCCCAGCGGCCUUCAGCAGGGGCCCGGCCGAGGGCCCCCCGACGCUCAGCAAGGCCGCCGCCGUCGAGGGGCCCCCGACGCUCAGCAAGGCCGCCGCGGCCGAGGGCCCCCCGGCGGCCUUCUGCAAGGCCGCCCCGGACCGGCCCGCGUUCAGCAAGGCGGGCCUGGCGGCGCCGCCGGCGGGCCCGCGGCCAGGAUGAGCUCUGGCGCGUGGCGGCGGGGCAG